AUGGGGGGAAAGCUAGCAAAAUCGAUUAUUCGGUUUAAGGUUGGCAAUGGUAGCAGGAUUUUCUUGAGGUUUGAUCAGUGGCAUCCCUUUGGUUAUCUACUUGACAACCUUGGUCACCGUGUGGUGUAUGAUACUGGUUUUCCUGUUGGGGCAAAGCUUUCAACUAUUAUUAGAAAUGGUGCUUGGUUUUGGCCAUUUGCUUGUUCAGAUACUAUAGUUGAUAUCCAAAGUAAACUUGCUGAGGUGCCUAUUAGGAAUGCAGAUUUGCCGGUAUGGAAUUCCAGUAAUGGGAAUUAUUCAUGUGCUACUACUUGGGAGUUAUUGAGAGAGAAAUGCCCUACUGUGGUAUGGUGGAAACUUGUUUGGUUCUCCAUAUCUAUUCCUAGACACUCGUUCAUUAUUUGGUUGGUAUUUCGGGAUGCUCUUGUAACUAAACAAAGGAUGUGUAGCUGGGGAUUCACAAAGCCUUCAAACUGUCUUUUCUGCCAUGGAUGUAUUGAGAGCAGAGACCAUCUUUUCUUUCAUUAUGGGUUUAGUCGAAGAAUUUGGUUUGCUCUCAUGCAUGCUUCCGACUAUACUGAUCGUCCUUCAGACUGGGAUUCAGUUGUGGUUUGGAGUGUUGUUAGGCUGAUGGGAAAAAAAUUUAAUAUCUUGCCUUGUAAAGCUUUGUCUUGGUGCUUGCAUCUAUCAUUAGUGGAAGCAGCGAAAUGCCUUGCUUCAUGGCAUUUCUCCCCGGACUGA